GCCUCUGUAUCUAUCAUGAGACUGGUACAGAGCUUAUGGCUGGGAGCUUUGGCUCUCUUGCCAAGCUACGUAUUGGCUGAAAAUGAGAUUGGCCAACAGGCUGCUCUUUUGGCGAACCAAUCUCUGUUUUGGAAUACGUACCGACCGCAGCUGUAUCAUGGUAUACGAGCGAGAACUCCUCACUCUCUCAUGACAGGAUUGAUGUGGUUCGGUCUGAAUGACUUUAACGGUCUGACGAGCGUCCGAUAUACCUGCGAGCAGUCCGACGAUCUGGACUCUUACUCGUACACUGAGCACGAUGGACGAUACUAUGCAGUCCAGGAGAUCACCGAUAGCAAGAACAAUGUCAGGAUGAAGAUCAGCUGGCUGAAAUCUGAGGACGGCACAGAUUGGAGCGUUCGAGUUGAGGGAGAACCUCUGAAUCCAAGUGCAAGAGGGAGGGUCAGUCUGAUCUAUCACGUGGGACUUGAGGGUCUAGGAGAGCUGGAGCUCGAGACUGCGCCGGAUGAGCAAGGUCUUGAAGGACAGGUUGUCCUAAAAGGACGUACCUCUCAGCUUGGAAAGUACAGACUUAGGCUCGUCGAUCAUCCAGAAGUAUCCCAUGCCCGUGUCGCUGUCUAUGCCAAUGAUCAUGGUGACCUGGAAGGAAAGACUAGUUUUGUCGGACUGCCCAUUCCUACGGGACAAGUAUGGCGAAUCAAAGACACUCUUCUCCAAAAGAUUGGAACUUUCGCGCAAAACCUCAUGACAGAGGGCGGCUACAGUAGAGAGGCACCUCCUGACCCGGUCGCACUGUUCCGACUCCCCAACGAUGUAGCUGUAGGGUCAAACGUGUUCGCUUUUCAAAAGGCAUUUGGCGGUCACCCAGGAGAGGAGACUACCCGCUGGGGAUUCGACCUGUUCUUUGAGAAUGUGGAUGGCAAUGAUGAGGGAGGGAUGACAUUUGCGGGUCUCAGCCAAUCUCUGUCUCAAGCCUCUAGGGCUUACAAUCAACGGUUCGACAGCACUUUCCACCUUCCGUCUCCAUUCAACUCGGAUGCUCACCGAGACUUUGCCAAGGCCCUGACCUCAAACAUCGUCGGCGGUAUAGGCUACUACCAAGGUGCAUCGAUCGUGGACAGGUCUUUCAAGCAUGAUUACGAUGACGAUGUGGACGACGAUGAAGACGAGAACCACGAUGUCCAAGCUCCAAAGCUGACUGAGGAAAGAGAGCUUCUAACCGCCACACCCAGUCGAAGCUUUUUCCCUAGAGGAUUCUACUGGGACGAAGGCUUCCACCUUGCGCUGAUUGGAGAGUGGGACAAUGACUUGAGUUUGGAAAUUCUCAAAGACUGGAUCGCUCUAAUUGACGAAGAUGGCUGGGUCGCCCGAGAACAGAUCCUCGGCGACGAGUCACGAAGCAAGGUACCGCAAGAAUUCUGGACUCAAUAUCCGACCUAUGCGAAUCCACCGACUUUGACCAUGGCAGUCACUGCAUUCAUCCAUAGACUCCGCAGACAGAACGAAGAUUCCCAGAUGGACUCGGCGAUAGGCGUAAAUGUCCCGUCUAGCAAGUUCUCCCCCUCAUCGCCCAGCUCGUCCCUACCUUCUCUUCACAUCAAGACACCGUUCCUUGCCCGCUCUUUUCUCCAGUCAAUCUACCCAUCGCUCCGGACACACUAUCAGUGGUUCAGACGAACUCAAAGAGGACUUCUGCGUCCGUACGGCCGGUCACCGACGAGCAAGUCGGAGGCAUAUCGGUGGCGUGGCCGGACUGAAAACCAUGUUCUGACCUCUGGACUAGACGAUUACCCACGAGCCAGACCUCCGCACAGUGGAGAACUACAUGUGGAUCUCAUGAGCUGGAUGGGGUUCUUCGCUCGGACGAUGGGUGAGAUCAGUGAAUACCUUGGUUUGGAGGAGGAUCGUGAAGAGUAUGCGAAGCAUGAGAGGGGCAUCUUGGCUAAUCUAGAUGAUUUGCAUUGGAGCGAAGAGCAUCAGAUGUACUGCGACGUCAGCGUUAACGACGAAGACGAGAGCUAUCACGUCUGCAACCCUGGAUAUAUUUCCCUAUUUCCUUUCCUAUUGGGUCUCAUCCCUGCCGAUUCACCUCACCUAAAGCCAACCCUGGAUUUGAUCACGGACCCCAAACAGCUAUGGUCGCCCUACGGUAUUCGUUCCUUGUCCAAGUCACACGAGCUCUUUGGCAAGGAUGAAAAUUACUGGCGAGGCCCGAUUUGGAUCCAGAUGAACUGGCUUGCAUUGAAGGCCCUCAAAGAGAGGUACAUGGUCGAGGAAGGGUCUCAGAAGGAGAGGUCUGAGAAGAUAUAUGACGACCUACGAAAGAACGUAGUGGACAAUGUCUUCAAGGAAUGGAAGCGAACAGGGUACUCAUGGGAACAAUACGAUGCUGAAACGGGAGAAGGGAGGAGAAGUCAUCCGUUUACGGGUUGGACAUCAUUAGUGACAAUGAUCAUGACGGAGAAGUUCUCAUGAUGGGCAGGGUCGGUCAUUUGUGAGACCGUCCGUACCUGUCAGAAGGGAGGGAGAAAUGAGGGUAGAGCAAUUGAAAAAAAAGUGGAGUCAGCGCUACUCGUCUGCCGCGUUCGUCAACACUCUAAACGCUGGCUGCCGCGCUUUAGAUCAUUGCAAGGACAUCUGGGCCACAGUAUGGAGCAGCCGCAUAGCGUCAUGAAUGUAUGCGCAUGCAUUCAUUCGAUGGAAGAUUGCUCGACCGAAACCCAGCUGGAGC